AUGUCUCUUUGUGUAUACGACAUCAACAGGGGGUACGGAAACUCAGCUGCUCUUCUCUCAGCGGUACAAGAAAGACUGUAUGCAUCUCUGUCACUUCCGGCAGGGUUGGAGUCCUUCCGGUUUAUCAAUGGAAUCAACUUUAUCUGCAAGGUCACGUGGCAGAAUGUGCAACCUCAGGGGUCGGUGCCAGGACAGGAGACUGUAACCUACCAAGCUAUUCUCUUCACUGACGGAGGAAGAAGCGGUGUUUUGACGAUGUACCAGGGAGGCAGCUUCAACUGGAAUCCAUUCUCUAAGUCAGUGCCAGCUAGAAUCGGUUACAGCACCAGGCAUGAUUGGUAUAACGUCUACGAAGGAAACUCUCUAGCUGUAAUGUAUGAAAGCUAUCGUCCUGAUCUCAGAGUUGGCAACACUGGUCUUCUGGGCAGAGACAUCUACCGUCUUGAUUCGAACCCUGACUGGUACAUCAACCCGCGUCGAUACUGUCAAGAUUGGUACAGCGAUGAUCUGAGCAGGCCAUCCUGGGCACCGUGGGCAGAACCAUGCCCCUGUACUCGCUGGCAGGCCCGUAUCGAUCGAAGGUAUACUCGCUGCAACUACCCUAGCUACCGCUACGGUUAUGGCUACGGUUAUGGCUAUGGUAACGGCUACGGCUAUGGAAUUCCUAAUUAUUAUUAUGACAGUAGAGGGACAACCUGCUACCAGCCUCGAUGGCCCAGAUUUGGAGGUGGAUACAGAUGUACCUAUGAGAUAUCUGCUUUGAUCAGGGGCUAUAGAAGUCUUUGGCGGUCCAGCCAUUACCAAGCAGUCAUGCCAUCGAACGCUAGAUUCUUUUCAUUCUACUAUUACUCCUCUAGUUACUAUUAUGAAUGGAUUGAGAGAGAUGUCUUACCACGGUUCUACUGCUGUGGACUUGCUGGUGGAAAUUUCUGUAGUCUUUACGAGCGACGUCGUCCACGGGCUCACUGCUUUGGAUAUAGGCGACCAUGGUGGGGAUGGUUUUGGGGUGAUCCGCAUAUCAAUACUCUGGAUGGGAGGAAAUACACCUUCAACGGCCUUGGUGAAUACAUUACGAUGUCUUACAGUCACGGUGAUCCAUUCGUUUUGCAAUCAAGAACUGGCAAGGCUUUUAACAACAGUGAACCCGUUGAGCACGGAACGGUCUUCAUAGGGUUCGCUGCUACACAAGAUGUCACGAAGGUUGAAUUUCAGCUGAACGACAACAGGACAGAAAUGAGUAUUCUUGUUAAUGGUUCCUCCAUUGAUAUGACAGAUUUCCUAAACGAUGGAUAUGACUCACAGGAUCCGACUUUCAUCUUAUCCUCGGAUAAUGAGACCGAAUCCGAGGAUGAGAUCAAGGCCACGGCUCUCUUUCAACCAGAAGGCUAUUCGAGUACGUCCUUCACAGUGACCUUUAAGAAUGGGAUCUUGGAUAUUGGCGUCAUGGUCCCGCCUGAGUAUUCUGAGAACGCAACAGGGAGGGGUCUGCUUGGUAAUGUCAAUGGAGAUAAAACAGAUGAUUUUCUUUUACGGAAUGGAACGUUACUUACCGAUCAGCCCGGGAAAAAUCUAACAGAAGAAGAAAUAUACCAAUUUGGACAAUCAUGGAUGAUAACGGAGAACGAGUCGCUGUUUGAAUACGGUGAUAGGGACUGGAGUUACUACAAACCAAGUAACUACACACCAAUGUUCUUAGACGCCCUACUCGCCCUCGACCCAAACAGGACCAGAGAGGCCUGGGAGACUUGCGGGGAUAACGAAGCGUGCCUUUUCGACUUCCUUGCUGUCAACCCCGAUUUGGGAAAACAGACGAUGGACACCGGGAACCAACUCGACAACGAACUCCUAAACCUUGAUAAUUUCCCUCCGAACAUAACAAGCGUCACGGAACUUACGGAAACAGAUGCACUACAGGAGAAUGACAUUCUCUUCGUGCAAGUGGGCGUGAACGUUACCUUACAGAUUACUGCACAUGACCCUAACGAUGAUGAUGACGUAUACUUUACUUUCAACGAUACAACUCCGGAUGGCGCCAAUAUAAGCGCAGAUGGCAUUUUCACCUGGACACCCACUAAUCUGAACAUCUCCUCCAUUGAGAUUAUCGCGAUGGACAACCGAGGCGCAGAGACUUCCCUCUCCUACAAAGUCCUCAUCUGUCAAUGCGAGAACGAUGGCGAGUGUGACUUUGAGAGCCAGGCAGAGGGACAGGAUCUCAAUGCUAACGGCUUUGCUGUGGUCACGUGCAACUGCACUGGUGGGUGGUCAGGUGACCACUGUGACGUUGACUACGAUGCAUGUGAGGGUAGCGGGCCUUGUUAUGAGGGGGUUAUCUGCUACGAUGAGCCCCCGUCCUCAGAGGAAGAAUACAGAUGCGGGCCCUGCCCUCCUCAAUUGACAGGCAACGGGAGUAAUUGCUUCGACUUCAACGAAUGUGCUGAAGAUGACACCAACGAAUGUGACCAGAUUUGUGAAAAUGAUUUGGGUUCCUACACAUGUUCUUGUAAACCAGGCUAUAGGCUUGGCCUUGAUCAACAUUCAUGUAGGCCUAUCGAUAUAUCCUGUACUGAGGAACUAAUGAAUUCCACAGGAUCUGAAAACUGUACUUGCGAGCCAGGCUUUGAGCUCAUAAAUGGAUCGUGUACAGAUUUUGAUGAAUGUCUGGCUGGUGUAAACCAGUGUCCACCUGAUAUAGCUAUGUGCAAAAACCUACCAGGAGAUUAUAAUUGUACUUGCCAUUCUGGAUAUGAAAACAUGUCGCCAAAAGAGUGUCGAGACAUCAACGAAUGUGAACGUAACUUGGAUAAUUGCAACAAGACUAAAUUCAACUGUGUGAACACACUGGGUAACUUCUCAUGCGUAUGCAAGGAAAAUACAACAGAAGUCGAUGGAGUUUGUCUAGGUGCAGUGACGCUGUCACUCAACGUCCGUUUUUCAUUUAUCAACGGGCUUGACGUUGUUACCUACCCAGAGACAAUUGACUCCCAAGAAAUCCAGCAGAAAUUGGCACAAGAUGUCUUGCGUUACCUCAACACGUCAUCAGAACUAAGUGAAGACGAGUUACAGGCCGUAUCUGUACAGAACUACAGCUUGGUAGGAAGUUUUCUUCAGAUUUCCUUCCGGGUAGACCUGAAACCCGACUCGUCACUGACCGAAUCUGAUCUGGAGAAUAUUUUCAUGGAACUUCUUCCAAGCUCACGGCUCAUUGAACCAAACCAUAAAGUUACGCCCGAGGAUACCAACGAAUGUGAGCUUUCUACGGAUGUGUGUAGUAAUGGUAACUGUACAAAUACAGACGGUAGCUAUUUUUGUACCUGUUCUGUGGGUUUCCAACUCGGAUACGGGGAUGCUUCUUGCAUAGGUGGGUAA